CGGUUGUUUCCCAGUGUUAUCUCUCUGUCGCCCCCUGUCGGCCAGUCCCGGUCACUGCAGCGGCGCUACAUCAGACCAGACUCAAGCCGAACCGAACCGACACCAUUGUCAAAUCAUGUCCGACGAUGAGAAGCUGCCGUCCGGGUGGGAGAAGCGCAUGAGCCGGAGUUCAGGUCGGGUGUAUUACUUCAACCACAUCACGAACGCGAGUCAGUGGGAGCGCCCCAGCGGGUCAGGGGCGGACGGCGCCGGCGAGCUGGAGAAGGUCCGGUGCUCACACCUGCUGGUCAAACACAACCAGUCGCGCCGGCCCUCCUCCUGGAGAGAGGAGAACAUCACGCGCGGCAAAGACGAGGCGCUGCAGCUCAUCCACAAGUACAUUGAACAGAUCAAAUCUGGAGAGGAGGAGUUUGAGAGUCUGGCGUCUCAGUUCAGCGACUGCAGCUCAGCGAGGAACGGAGGAGACCUGGGCGUAUUCGGCAGGGGUCAAAUGCAGAAGCCCUUUGAGGACGUGUCGUUCGCACUGAAGGUCGGAGACAUGAGCGGCCCCGUGUUCACCGACUCCGGAGUUCACAUCAUCCUGAGAACCGGAUAACCGGCAUGCCUUCGCUCAUUCACCCGCAGAUAACACACACACACACACACACACACACACACAUCUAUCCCAGGAUUCCUUAUCUUAAUCUGUUUUCCUGAAAAACCUCGCUUGGCUCUGUCAAAGCUGCACGUUAAAUCCAUCCGGUGUUUCCGUGAUCUUACAUGUUACAGAUGCGUCUCGAAUCCCGGCGUUCCCGCAUCGGCUAACCGCUCGCAUGAUCUGCUGUCCCGAAGCUCGGCUAGCUCUCGCCUCGGACAGCAGAUGAUCGGAUGUCCAAACUAUGACCAAUAAAAUUGACCAUGUCACUAAAGAAAAUGCUCCUGUUUCAUUUCAAAGCAUGAGGAAUGAUCUUUUCAUAAAGAGGAGUUUCCAAAACAAUCAAAAUGCUUAUUAAAAGAUGAACUGUUUUAUUUGUUUUACCUGCGUGUCAGUAAUUAUUAAAGGUGCAGUGUGUACGUUUAGCAGCAUCUAGUGGUGAGGUUGUGAACUGCACUCAACAGAAGUUACACUGGCUGACAGGAAGUGAUGUCGUCGUCUGAGACAGCAGAGAGUCGCCAGUUAAACAAUGAGUUUCUUUACAAAGGUAAAUUAAGAGAUUAGGUUUACUCAACUUUGAGAUUCUGAUCAUGAAGAACAACAUCGUGACGAAACGUGUGUGUGUCCGCUCAGGGCCACCGUAGAAACGUGGAUGUAGGUGGACAUUCUAAAAUUAUUAACAACGGUUCAUUUAGUAAAGUCUUUAUACACCACUGAACGCAGUUAUGUUUCCUCCUAAAUAUUACACACUGCACCAUUGAAUAUUAGCCAUUAAAGUAUUAAAUACUAACUUGAAAUCUCAAGAUGUUUCAGAAAAUAUCAUGGUCUGUAAAAUGCUAUAAACUGCUGUUUGUGAGCAUGUUGUUGUUUUAAAUCCUCCUGCAGUAGGGCAUGUAUUGGCCUGGAGCCUGCUGGGAAUCACUCUAUUAUGCAAUAUAACAUGGCUCAUGUUUGUUGUGAUGUGAGUGUUAUUCCUGCAGAUCCUCGUGUUUGCGAAGUUGUCUUUCUAUAUGAUAUCAGCGUGAGUGUAGGGAGUGACCCUUGAGGUCACAGGGCCUUUUAAGGUCAAAUCCACUGUUUUAUUAUUAGUAGUAGUAUUUGGGAUUUUUUUGAUCUGAGUGUGUGCAGAAGUUCUUGAGAAAAGAUCAUUAGUGUUCUUUAGCUGGAAUCCAUGCGUUUAAUAAUAUGCUUGUGAUUUCAAGAUUAUGUUGUCGUAUAGCACCAUGUGUCAAUAUGUACGGAUGUUUUAUUAAACCCUCUGGUGCUCAUCA